AUGACCGCAACUCAACUCCCGCAUGAAGUACUCGCUCAUGUCGCAAGUUACCUGUCUGUAAAUGAACAAAGUCGCUGUAAUACUGUUUGCAAGAAACGGAAUACCAUUUUCGCCCAGUUACUGUGGAGCCCAAUCAAUAUCAAUAUCGUAGCCAAAAUUCACGUCUUUUAUGACUCCUGUGAGGAGAACUAUCUACAGUGGGGUCAUAUUGUAAAUUCAUUGCGAGUCGCUACAGACGAUAUCGUUACAGACAAACAUCUGGCAAAUCUUCAGAAAUGCUUCCCAAAUAUAACCAGCCUCAGUAUCUGGAGACUAAUCACAAAGGACGCAAAUAAAAAGGCCGACUGGAACAACUGA